AUGUAUGGAAGACCGCAGGGAGAUCAAGGGGUUUUUGCAAAGACAUUUUCGGACGAUUCCCUCGGUGAUUCGACUCGUUCUUUGCUCUCGCCAGUUUUUCAUGGUGAUGGCGGCAGAUUUGAACCCUCCGAGCUCUCUGACGGUUCCCUAAGUAGCGGCGAUGAAACAGACAAGGAAAGCCUUCAUCAGUCUAGAAAUAGCGGAAAAGAUUAUAGUCUCGAUUUUGAAAAGUCUUACACCUCAGAUAAGCCAAGAACAAAUGGAUACACUACUCCGUUUGCCAGUAACUCCUUUUCAAGGCACAAAAGUUCUUCAAGGAAAUCGACCAGUUCUGUCUCCAGAUCAAAUACAACAAAUCAUAAAAGUGGUAAAAUUGCUAGCUCUAAAACAGCUAAAAGUAAAGGUGAUUGUCUUUCGCCGUGGGAAAGUUGGCUUAUUAAAAAGACUGCAGAAGAUCGUGAGAAGGCGAAGCAGAAACGACUUGACACGAAAAAGGAAACCGAGGAGAGUGAGCGAAAGAAAUGGGAAAGGGAACAACUUCUGAAACAGGCGAGCGAAAAAUACGAGGAAUGGCUUGAAAGGAAAAAGAUGGUAAUAGCAGAGGAAAGAAGGACUCAAAAGCUAAAGGAACAACUUGAACAAGAACAGAAAGAAAAUUCAAGACGCUUUAUUUUGGAGAAAGCAGCUGUGAAGUACAAUAAUUGGCUGGACGAUAAGAAAGUUCAAGAGAGAGAAAAGAAGAGAAAGGAAGAGAUAAAUGCAAGAGAAAAGAAAGAAAGGGAAGUGGAGAGAAAACUGCAUAGUGAGGAAGCAUACAUCAAUUGGAUGGCACAGGUUAAAGAGAGACCUAAACCAGUUUACAACAGCUUUGGUUACACAGGAGGAGUGUUGACGGGGUAUUAUGAAUGGGGCUCAUAUCCUGCUCCAAGUUAUUAUAAUCCAAUUCCAUGGGUUCCAUCAAAAGUGAAAACAAACUGUGAGAGGAGAAAGGGCAAAAAAGAAUUGCUGCCUGCAUCUCCUCCACUUCUGUUUAGAGACAUUGACCUUAGAAAGGCAAAAGAAAAGAAGAAAUAA